AUCCUUUGAACUGAUGACAUAGGUUAAUUAAGAGAGAAACUAAAACUAGCUAGAGCAAACAUGAGAAGAGGUGAAAGCUACGGUGGCGGUCCGAGUUCACUUGGAUACUUGUUUGGUUCUGAUCAGCAGGCAAGCAAAACUCUAGCACCCUCAACUCCCAUCAAAGCCCCUUGGGAUGAUGAUAACACCACUAAGAAACCACCAAAUAAUUCCUCCAAGAAGUCAAGUGUCACCAACAAUUAUCACAGAGCUCAAGGGCAAAACUCAGGCAACUUCAUUACUGACCGCCCGACGACGAAGGUUCAGUCAGCGCCGGGAGGGGACUCAUCUCUUGGAUACUUGUUUGGAGACAAGUAACGGUUCCUGCAGCCGAAUUAUUGUUCCACUCUAUGUAUAGACGAGGAUUCAGUUUGGUUGUGAUUUGGGUUUCUUACAAAUAAGGGCACAGCAGCAGGUGCUUUAAAGUUUGUACUCGUUCAGUAAAAUUGUGAACUUCGGUGUGUGUUUGUGGAUAGGGUUGUCGAUCACUAGACAUCAGAUAUAUUACAUGCUGUAUCCUUUUGUAAGUUCUGAAUAAAUCAUAUUAUAUUAGUGAUAGCGAUUGGUUUGGGUGAAGUAAAGUCAGCUGUAAGAAUCUUUGUUGCUGUACUUCUCAAUUAGUUAUCUUAUUACAGUAUUAAAUUAAGCUUCUUUUCAAGUUUUUUCUUUUUUUUUAAGCUUUGAUGAUGGAUUGUAUC